AGCGCGCGGCCGCGAGCAAAGGAGGGAAGGAAGGAAGGGAGCCAGGCAGGCAGGCAGGCAGGCGCGGAGGUCGGUGACUGAGGCAGUAGAGGGAGGCGAGAGCCCGGCAGCCGCUUCGCGCUGUGUUGCAGCGCGGGCUUUUGGAGGGGGCAGCCGUCGAGUCGUCCGAGGAGAAGCGGGCACCGGCGGCGUUGGUGCUGGCGCCUGGGGGCGGGGGACUGGGAGGCAGAGAGGGGGGUCGCUGCGGUGGUGCUCUCGCUGUCGCGCUCUCCUUGCCUUUCUGCCGGCUCGGUGGGCUCCUCCCGGCGUCUUCCUCGCCUCCGGGGCUGCGCUCCCCGCCCCCCGCGGUAUGUCUUGAUCCCGAGCGGCGGGUUUCAUGGGGCUCCUCAGGAUUAUGAUGCCGCCCAAGUUGCAGCUGCUGGCGGUGGUGGCCUUCGCGGUGGCGAUGCUCUUCUUGGAGAACCAGAUCCAGAAACUGGAGGAGUCCCGAUCGAAGCUAGAAAGGGCUAUUGCAAGACAUGAAGUUCGAGAAAUUGAGCAACGUCAUACAAUGGAUGGCCCUCGGCAAGAUGCAGCUUUAGAUGAGGAAGAUGCAGCUUUAGAUGAGGAAGAUGACAUGGUGAUCAUUUAUAACAGAGUCCCCAAAACCGCAAGCACCUCUUUUACCAAUAUUGCCUAUGACCUGUGUGCAAAGAAUAAAUACCAUGUUCUUCAUAUCAACACUACCAAAAAUAAUCCAGUGAUGUCACUACAAGAUCAGGUACGCUUUGUGAAGAACAUCACUUCCUGGAAAGAGAUGAAACCCGGGUUUUAUCAUGGACACAUUUCUUAUUUGGACUUUGCAAAAUUUGGUGUGAAAAAGAAGCCAAUUUACAUUAAUGUCAUAAGGGAUCCUAUUGAGAGGCUAGUUUCUUACUAUUACUUUCUGAGAUUUGGAGAUGAUUAUAGACCAGGGUUAAGAAGACGAAAACAAGGAGACAAAAAGACGUUUGAUGAAUGUGUAGCGGAGGGCGGCUCAGACUGUGCUCCAGAGAAGCUCUGGCUUCAAAUCCCGUUCUUCUGUGGCCACAGCUCGGAAUGCUGGAAUGUGGGAAGCAGGUGGGCUAUGGAUCAAGCCAAGUAUAACCUAAUUAAUGAAUACUUUCUGGUGGGAGUUACUGAAGAGCUUGAAGAUUUUAUCAUGUUACUGGAGGCAGCUUUGCCCAGGUUCUUCAGGGGUGCUACAGACCUCUACCGUACAGUAGGAAAGAAAUCUCAUCUUAGGAAAACCACAGAGAAGAAACUCCCCACUAAACAAACCAUUGCAAAACUACAGCAGUCUGACAUUUGGAAAAUGGAGAAUGAGUUCUAUGAAUUUGCACUAGAGCAGUUCCAAUUCAUCAGAGCCCACGCUGUCCGAGAAAAAGAUGGAGACCUCUACAUCCUCGCACAGAACUUUUUCUAUGAAAAGAUUUAUCCUAAAUCAAACUGAGUACAAGGUGUGACUAUUUGAUUUUUCAACUAAAACUUUGACCCUGUCUUCACCUUAGUUCUCAGAUCCACAGUUCAUAUUGAGCCGAGUUAGGAAACAAACAAAAAGAUCAAGGAAAGUAGAUGCUAGCUGGUAUGUCAGUGGUCAAAGAAGUUUAAGCCUUUUUUUUUUUCUAGUUAAAUUUUGGUGGGAGUUAUAACCUCCUGCCUGGGAAAAUCCUAUGUAUCACCUAAAAUAAACACAUAGCAGUUCUAAUCAAAAGGCUAAAUACAAUUUUAGAAAAAAUUCUGAUACUCUGUUUUUUGAUAAAGCGUUUUUUUUCAACUAACCAUGAAUGAAGACCAAUCCAUUUGCUCCUCCGCCUUCACCUGGAGGGUUGGUUACGCAACUGCACUGAGUAGCGUUGCUACUGGUGGGCAGUGUGUGCUUCAUUUCUGUGAGUCAAGUCUCAUGAAAUUUAUUGGAAUCCUUGAUCAUGUUUGCUAGGAAGUGUCUCUGCUGUAGUUGGAAUUGCCCAUAUUUAUGUAGGCCAUGUUCAUUUCCUUUAAAAAAAUAAUUGUCAUUAGUGUUAAAAACCAAUUCAAACUAUUACUAAUACUGUAAAAAGAUCAAAGCAGUGUUUCUCAUUCCUGUCUCUCCAGUAUCUAAGAUUGGGGAGACACUACAGAGAACACUGAAAUUUUAGUUGAGGCUUCCACACAUUAAUAUUUAAAAAAGUAAGUUUAGUAUUUGUUUCUCCAGGUUAUCUGUAAAGCUGUCAACAGGUACUGGUGACUCCAUAUUAUAACUCCAUUUAGUGAGCUGUGGUAUGGGUAGGGUUUUCCUCCUUCUGUACUUUUACUUGUAAACUAUUUUUACUACGGUGCUUUAUAAUGUGUUUUAAAGCAUUGCAUUUACAAAAAGGAAAAUGCUGUAAAUAUUGCAUAUUUUAUGUAUUUGGACCAAAAGGUUAAAAGUAAUUAGACAAAAGUGGUUUUGCACCAAUUUUAUUAUGUCAAGUAAAACCAUCAGGCCUAGUGUUCUUGUAUUUCUCAUUUAACUUUAAGAUAUCACUGAAAUUAACCCUAAUAACCUUUCAAUUUUGAUACACAGUACAUUGUUCAGAAUUGGGGGCAGUAGUUAUAAGUGGAAAGAGUCCUGGACAAGGAGUCAGAAAACUUGAUUUCUGGUCCUGGCUCUGCCACUUUUCAGCUGUGUGAUCUUGGGUGUGUCACUUAACCUCUCUUUGCCUCAAUGUCCUCAUCUUGAAAUGAGAGUGGUAAUACCUGCUGUACCUACCUCGCAGGGGUGUUGUGAGGAUUAAAUGAGAUGGCAUAUGAAAGCACUUUGAAAUUGUAAAGUGCUACAUAAAUGUAAGGUAUUAUGGAAACAUCUUUAACAUAUAGUUUCAUACUGUUCAUUUUUUAAAAAAGAAAGGGAAAGUCCACUUAUAAGCUGGUUGAAAAAAAUUUAAUCUUGAUAUAAAUUUGUGUUUGAUAAAUAUCUUCUCAGUGUUUUAUCUUCCCUGUUUCAACUAUUGAAAUACAAAGCACCUGUGAAUUCUUAACAAUUCAUGAGCAUCUGCUUGAGUUCAGGAGGUUCCCUGUUUGAAGAAGUCUUCAUUAGCUGACUCAGGGCAGGGAAAAUUUGUUCUUCAAAUUUGGAAGAGUUUUCUGUUUUUAUUUUACAUUACCAUUCAGAAGUGGUAGCUGUUUUAUACCUCUAGUUUUUAAGGUAUAUUUUGCAGAGUUUCAUUUUCCUGGGCAUUCUUUACCUUCUUCACCUUCUUAGAGUGACAGAGAUAAAGAAAUUUAGAAACAUUUUUCUAAAAGAAUAAUCUUUAGUAUGUAUAGUUUAAAUAAAUAUUCCCAAACAAGGCCUCAACAAACCAUGUUAGCAUUGUAGGCAGGUUGCUUUCAAGGCUAUUAAUUACAUGGGAGGCCAGGAGCGAGCACUAUUUAUCAAAAAACAUUUAUUAACAAAUUUAAAGAAGAGGAAGUCAACAGAAUAAUUUUCAUACCCUUUCCCCCCAGUAAUAGGAACAUAUUAAGAGAACAUUGACAGGCAUACUUUUCUUAUUUGGCUUUCUGUAUUUUUUCUGUGUAUUAAUGUUUACAGAUAUUUGUUGAAAAUAUAUACAAAUUAUUUCCUUGCCCCAAAGGAAAGCACCAUUUCCAGGUGGGGCGUUUGACAUUUACCUGCUAAGGAGCCCCAGUGUGUCGGUCAUUCUUGGAGUACAUGCUGAGAGCUCCCUGAGGUGCAUUAACUCUUCAUUUAACCAGAGGAGCACGUAGUGCACUAGGUCAGGGAGUCAGUGAGCUUUCUCUAUAAAGGUCGGGAGAGUAAAUUUUUGAGGUGUUGCAGGCCAUAUGGUCUCUGUCACAACUACUCAACUCUGCCAGUUAGCACAAAAGCACCCAUAGACAACACAUAAACGAAUGAGAUGGCUAUUUUCCAAUAAAACAUUAUUACGAAAACAGGUGACAUGCCCAGGGGUUGUAGUUUACCAACCCCCAAAAUAGAUAAUUAUUUAUGGAGAAAUCAUUUUUGAAUCUGUACUCUAGUGGCCUAAAAGAGUUUAUAUACUUUCAAAAGCUCCUAACUUAUAUCCAAAGAAUAGCUUUCUGAUUCAGGCAGUCUCUCCCACAGAUGCAUAAACUUUUAUGACUUAGAUUGCUUCCAGGUGGGCAUGUUUUCUUCCCCAGUUUAACAGUUCAGCGUAGGGGCUUAUUCUAUCAUCUUUUAGGGUGGGUUAGGAUUAUCUUUCCUGGAGCCCGAGAAAGGGUCAGAUUUAAUUCCAUCUGGUCCAAUAUAGCCCCAGGAUACGCGCAGAGUCCUUAUAAUACCUAACUUUGUAGCAAAUACAUAGAACCACUGAGACAAUAAUGUAUUUUUUUAAAAUGGCAAAUGUGGUUUUCUUUUUUUAGCCUUUGUGCUUUUUCAGUAUUUUGAUCAUAGGGAAAUUUUUUUUAACAAUACAAAAGCAAAUCAACCAGUUUGAAUUUUAAGAUAAUGUUAUGUGUGUGUGUGUAUAUACCUAUCUAUAUAUGUUUAUUUCCCCAAAGAGGAAAAAGUACCUUUUUGUUCAACUUGUAUCAACUCCUGUUUUCUAAUUGCUGUGAAAUGGCAACUGUUGAUAAAUUAUUGUGACUGUUUUAAUGUAAUGGAGAGGAUAUAUUUUUAUUUUACCCAGCUUUAAUGUGUAAAGUAUCACUUAAAUAUAUCCGAUAGCAACACUUAAGAUAUUGCAUGGGGAUUACUUUACUUUUCUAUCAUCCAUACUCAUUUGUGCAACUUUGAACAUAUUGGGUACUUCUGAAUUCCUGAUGAUUGGGUUUAAAUUUUUGAAAAUUGGAGAAUUUGAACUUACUGACUUUUAAAGUUUAAAUUUUAUUUUCUAUUCUUAAAACUCAGUUAAUGUCUACAAUUUGAAAUCUACUGUUGUUCUUUCUCUAUAUAUGUCCUAUUGAAAAUUCCUAAAAUUGUUAGUGCCAUCAGUGAUUUACAAACAGUAUUUUGAUAUUGCAGAUGAUUUGCUCAUUGUAUUUGCAUAGUUAGAAAGAAAAUAGUUUGUAGACAAUGACUCUCUCUUUUUCUAAUAAAAUGAAAUAAAAAUUCUAAAAGCACUAGAGAAUUUAACUAAAGGCUGGUUCCCAAAUGCAUAGCUGGUAUUUUAAUUUACAUUUAGAUUCUACAUAGAGAACAUCUGUGUAAACCAUGGUAUUUGGGUUUUCCCAGGGAGCAUUGUCAAACACCUAUGGUCCUCGAAUCCUGAAUUCUGAGAAGCACCCGGUACUGUAACCUUUUAGGAAGUUUGUCUUUAAGAGAGGUGCAGGUGGUGCUUCUAAUUUAUGAUUUGAAAACUUGCCUCUUCGUAAAUUAUAGCUAUUUAGUUUGAGAGGAAGCGGGGCCAUUGUGUUAAAUUUUGCAUUCAUUUACCCUGUGCAGAGUUGCUGUCUGCUGCCAGCUGAACUGCUGCUCAGGCAGCCUUCGGAGGGGAAAGCGACCCUGUUUCAGCAGCACUGCCAACUCAGUGCCUCAGGAGUGGAGCUUGCUUUCUGAUUUCCUGGAGUGGGAAUUUGAGAGAUUGAAACGGGUGCUCAGUUAGUCAGAUUUAUCCUAUAAUUUAAGUUCAUGCAGCUUGGUGACCUUUGCAGUACUAUUUAUAAAAGGGCCCCAUGGCGAUGAUCUCUUUAAAACACACUACUGGGUAAGCCUGUGAUUUAGACACAGGUGCUGUCUGUCUGAUUUCAUAGAAGCUUCUGUAGCUUUCUAUUGAGAGGUCUGUGAGCGUCUCUACAGCAGUGUCGAAUGUAAUUUUGAGAAACGGAUUGUGUAUUUUGAUUUUUAGUUUAUAAAUACACAGACAGCUGAAUAGUGCCUUUCCUCCCUCACAGUCCAUGUUGGAAGAUGCUCACUCCUUGCUUUCUCUGCUCUCUCUCCCUUCCCUCCUCCCUCCCCCAUGCAGUUGAUUCAUUUAUGCAAUACUGCUUCCAACGUGAAACCAUUUUGUCACAUCUGCUGGAGAGAUAAUCACUCCUUUUCCUUAACAUUCUGCCAGCUUUCUGUUGUUGAAGUGUUUCAGUUGAUUACCUGAUGCAAAAGCUAUAAAAUAAACACUCGGCGGGAAGGGGAAAGUG